AUACUCAAGGAAUGCAGAGCCUACAGCCCCUCAGCCAACCAUUAACAAGUCAGAACAAUGCAGUGCGUCUGUUCAAAGUCUUGAAAUGGUUGAUGCUGGGUUUGAGUUCAUGAGCUGUCUGCAUCCAGAGCCGUUCAGCUGCGACCAAAACAGCAGCUUCCUAUGUGAACCAAUGAAGACAGACGACCUGUUUCCCAUCUUUAAGCCAGACUCUUCGGACUUUCAUUUUGACCUGAGUGGUUCCUUUGGGAGCCCAGGUUUUGACCUCCAGAAAAGCUGGACCAGCAGAGAUCCAUGCAAGGAGGAAAAUGAGUUCCCUAUGUGGAGAGGUAGAGCUGGAGCAGCAGGCAGAGUGGUCAAAAGAUUGAAUGAAAUGUGGACGCCAAGAGACUCCCCAAAUAACAUAGACACAGCUGAAAGCCCAGUGAUCCAGGGCCCUUCGUUAGGUUACAGCCCCUUCCUGCUGCAGCCAGCCAGUGGUCAGGCACCCCCCCGUCCCGUAAUCUGCACCAACCUCCAGCAUCCUCAGAGCCAGCCCUUCAACUACAGUCAGCGCCCACCUGCAAGCAUCAUGUGGGAUCAGAGCUACGAUCUUAUCUCUGGGAAUGGAGGGACAGCAGCGUAUUCCUCCUUUGGGCACAGGUUCUGGAAACGCGAGGAAAGGAAAAGGAGUGGAGAUGCAGCUGGUCUGGUUGGACCAGUGCUGUCUCCACUGAAGAAGGGAAGGCUGAGCUAUGAGAGGGUACCUGGGAGAAAAGAUGGACAGACGAGGUUGAAACUGUUUUAAUUUCAGUGUUCUGCUCUUUGUCUAGGUAUUUUCUUAAGUUUCACUGUAAUUUUUUUGUCUUCAUAGAUGUUUUGUGGCAGUGUUGUGUUUUGUGUUGCUCUCUGUUGCCCCCUUGUGCCAGUCUCCUUUCCCCUAUCUUCUAGUUGCUUCCAUCCACACCUGCUCCUCAUCUGCUGAUUAGCCCAGUCAUUGUUCUGUCUCCAAUUUAUACUCCUGCUGUGCAGUUUCUCAGCGUUUCUUUGCUCCUCGUGUGUGUUUUCACUGACGUCUCCUGGUUUUUGGUUUUCUAUAUUUUGUUUUUGGACUUUGCUUCUGUUGCCUUGGAUUUUCAUUAAUCAGCAAAAACUCAUCUCUGCCUCCUUCUACUCUGCGUUUGGGUCCACAACCACAUCCACCACCAGUUGACACUAAUAUUUAACAGGAGAAUUUUAACAUUUUAACCUACUUUAUCCUGUUCCAUGUAUUAAAGUUUAUCUAUUCCUGUUUUCCUUCUUUAAAAAAAAUGUCUAAAACUGAGUGAACUAAUCUGGCUGUGAUAUAAAGCAGCUGAUUGAUAUGUUAUUG